AUGCAAGUGAAUGAUCUUCACAAGAAGUUUGAGGACUUGAAUGAGGAGAUUACAGCUGCACUUCGGGUGCAGCAAGAUGCAGUGACGAGUGCCAAUACCUUCACUGGUCGCAGUAAUCUUGCUGCGGCACGGAAAGAUGCGCUACGUCUUGCUAAGAAGACAGCAGACUGGCGAGGAGACGUGACGGCGUUAGCGAAACAUAUCGAUCUUCAGCUGCAGAAUAGUCGUGCGUUGCGCUCUCAUUACGCACAGUCGCUGCUGCGUUCGUCAGCUCAGAAGCAACAGGAAGAAGCGGAAGGUUCUCGACUGCGAUGUUUACGCUCGGAUCUGAGAUUGCUGCAGGAGUUCCGGGUGCAUUUUACGGUAUGA